CAUAACCGACAUGCUGAAACGCAUCAUGAAACAAACAAUCUUACAGAAAAUUUAAGACCUUUUAAUAGAACAAUGGCUGAUUUGGUUAACAAAGACCUAAAAACUGUUGAUGUGGACAAAGAUGUCAGAGUUAACCGUAAAGUAACUAAAGAACAGACAACACAAAACUUUGGUGACAAUGUCUAUACUGAGAAGUCUGAAUUGCACUGGAUCUUAGAACGUCAAACCCUGCUGAUGGAAAGACAACUAGCGACAGUAGAAAGAUUCACGACAGGAAUGGAAUUGCCGAAGAGAGAGUUUCGAUGGUAA